AUGGGGCAUUUCGACGCUGUUGUUCGACGGAAACGCUUCGUACUCUCCUCGGAAAAGGAAAAGAAGACGCCACCGUACUCGAAGGUGGAUGAAAAAAAAACGCUCAGCCUUCCCGCUUCUUCUCCGGUGCCUCGUCGUCGUCCCUUGGAAAGAAUCGAAUUCGAGGGAGACGACGAUGAAGAAGAAGAAGAAGAAGAAGAAGAAGGAGAGGGAGAGGAAGAAGAAGAAGAUGAAGAGUUUCGGGGAGUCAAAAGCGUUGGAAAGAGGAAAGCGAGAAGAACGAACGCUUCGACGAGAGAUUCCUCGGAUUCAGAUCUCGGUUGGGUGGAAGAGCACGAUAGGAAGCACAAGGUGAAGAAGACUGAGAGUUUUGAGCUUGGCACACCUGAGAAAAAGUCGGAGCGAAAGUCGGAGCGACAGCAAGCGCAAACUCAGAAGAGGCGAGAAGAAAGGAGAAGUUUUAAAAAGAAGAUGACGACGAAGAAAAAAGACCGACUGGAGGAUUCUAGCGAGGACGACACUGCGGAGUCCUACGAAGAGGACAGCUCGGAAAGCGAAGCGGAUGAUGAGAUGGAUAAGAACAUGCGGCAAGAAUUGGACAGAGCAAUCGAUAAUAUGCAUGGAUGGAAACGUCGAGUUUGGAAGAACAGAUCAAACGUCAAUCCGGCUUCAAAAGACACUUCGGCUUUACCAACCGGCGGGUGGAAUGGAACGAUUUACUAG